GUACGUCGGUCUGUGCGCACAAGAUGUUUGCGAAAUUAUUGUUUUUAUUCGCCGCAGUCGGCGUUUGCAGUUGCUCCAAGGGCGGCGUGGCGCCUCUCCUGAAGCUGAACGACGGCAGGGCGGCGCCCGGCCUCGGGCUCGGUACGUGGCUGGGGUUCACGCAGAAGGGCCGCGUGCCAGUGGUGGACGACUCUGUGGAGAAAGCGGUGAGCUGGGCCAUCGACGCGGGCUACCGGCACAUCGACACCGCCAGCAUCUACGACACUGAGACACAGGUCGGAAAAGCAGUAAAUGCCAAGCUGAAGUCAGGAGCGGUGAAGAGAGAAGACCUGUUCAUCGUCACGAAGCUGUGGAAUGAUCGUCACGCCCAGGAGGAGGUGGUGCCGGCCCUGCAGGAGUCCCUGGCCAGGCUGCAGCUGGACUACGUGGACCUGUACCUCGUCCACUGGCCCAUCGCGCAAUAUAAAAACGGCACGUACUACUCGAGCGACUACAUCGACACGUGGAAAGGCAUGAUCGAGGCCCGGGAGCGCGGCCUGGCGCGCUCCAUCGGCGUCUCCAACUUCAACGCCCGCCAGCUGGACCGGCUGCUCAGCACCACGCGGGUCACGCCCGCCAUGCUGCAGGUCGAGGUGAAUCUGCACCUGCAGCAGCCAGACCUCCUGGCGCUCUGUCGUCAGCACGAGAUCGCAGUGACCGGGUACUCCCCGUUCGGCGAGCUGGUCUCCAGCCGCGCCAGCGACAGCUCUCCGCCGCCCAGGAUUGACGAUCCCAAACUGGUGGCCAUCGCUGAGAAGUACAACAAGACCGUGCCCCAGAUCGCGCUGCGGUAUCUGGUGGAGUUGGGUGUGAUACCGAUUCCGAAAUCAGUGAACAAGGAGCGUAUAGAACAAAACAUUAACAUCUUUGACUUCGAACUCACACCCAAGGAGAAGAGCUUGCUGAAGAGCUUCGACAAGGGUUACAGGACUAUCAAGGCCGAGGUCUGGAAGGACUCAGUAUAUUUCCCUUUUGAGAAAUAAACGCUUUCAACAUUUUCAAAUUCA